AUGACUGAGAGCCUUUCCGCAACAGAUAUUGAUUUAAUUAGGAAAGCUCUUGUCAAUACUAAGACUUUAACAGAAAAAGAAAUAGGAAAUAUUCUCGGAAGAGAAACUAAAAGUCUUAAAUCAAAAAUUACUAAAUUUCGACCGCAAUUAUUAGACCAAUCAAUUUCGUCACAGUCUAUUGCAGAAUCGAUUAAUAAGAUUUUAUCAAAGAAACCGAAUCAGGCUCCUCCAAAACUAGAAUUACCAGAAGAUCCAGCAAUUGUAGCUAUACUUCCACCAAAGAUGCGUGCCAAAGUACCAAUGCUUAAAACACCUACAGAAAAAGUUCCAGGACUUGAUAAAACUCCUUUACAACUCUCAAACAAUCGAUCGUUUUCAUCUGAUUUUGGUGUUCAACCUCGCAAAUUAAUUCCUAUAUAUCCAAAGACAACAGAUGACCCAGUAAUGCCAUCACCUGCUCAUACUCGCAAUCCUGACCCAGAAAUUGGAUCAUUAGCUGUUGUUGUACAUAAGCUUCUAGGUCCAGCUCAUAUAUGCAGAAUUUUAUCAAGCAAAAUGGAAAAUGGAACAAAGCACUAUCUUAUUGCAUUCUUCCAACGAGGGCUAGAGCCUGGUUACGUUCCAGGUGAUUAUUUAUACCAACUGCAUACACAUGUUGGUUUUCCAUUAGGCGAUGAAUCUGAGUGGAAGGAUGCAAUAGAGAAUCAAAAUUGCUCGGUUGAUUGGUUGUUAGAACAUAUUUAUAGUGCUGCUCAAAAUUUAGUAAUCAAAUACUCAGAAUUCCAGUUGCCAUCAACACAGUUAUCCAAGAAUGAAAUCAAACCAGAUCCGAAUCAAACUCAACAAAUUUUAUUUUUAUCUGUUUCCUUUGCUGCUUUGCUCUUGCUUUGUUACAUUGCUAGCCGUUAUAAGAUACCAGAGAGUAAGAUUCAAAUUAUCUUGGAUAUUAUUAUUAAGACCAAUCCAACGAAAUAUCAAUCAACAAAAACAAUUAUCAAUGAUAUUUCGAAUUCUUUGAAGACUAUCCUUGCUUUACCAAAAUGA